AUGAAUUCGUUGCCGGCGAUUGAGAUUGAGGAGAGACACAUGGCCAUGGAAGCACACUGUGCCGUUUGCAAGGAACCUUUUGAACUUGGAACCGGAGCAAGGGAAAUGCCUUGCAAGCACAUAUACCACCCUGAAUGCAUCUUACCAUGGCUUGCAAUUCGGAAUUCUUGCCCCGUUUGUCGCCAUGAAUUACCUUUUUAUCAACAGCCGAAUAGACGUGGUAUUUCAGCAGCAGUAGCAGCAACACUAGCAGCAGCAGCAGCAGCAGCACGGCAAGAGAAUGUGGGGUUGAGAAAUUGGAGGAUACCAGGUGGUGUUUCAGCAGCAGCAUCAUCAUCAGCAGCAGCAGCAGCAGUUCCGGUGGGAUGGUUUUCCGGAGGAAGAAGAGGAAGAAGGCGUACUCUGGUGUAUUACAUAGAUUCGGAUGGUACAUUUGUUGAACAAAUUGGAGGUUUCGAUGUGAUGAUAUCGCGGAGGAGGAGAAGUCGUGGUGGGUUGCGCAGAAUGUUUAGCAGUUUGUUUAGUUGCUUCCAACCACCUCUUCACGCUAAUUUAUAA